CCAGCUGCAAUUCCAGCUCCAGCUCCAGCUGGGCUCCGUCUCCCCGGGCCCUCCGUGCCGGCCCCAUGGGAUCCUGCUCGGGCCUGGGCCCGGGCCUCGGGCCUCUGCUGCUGUUUCAUCUUCUUUUUCUGCUGCUGCUGCUGCCGGUGCAGGCCAAACCCACCGUCCGGAAAGAGAGGGUCGUGCGGCCCGACUCGGAGCUGGGCCAGCGGCCCCCCGAGGACGCCCCGGGCCUCCAGUACGACCACGAGGCCUUCCUGGGCAAGGAGGAGGCCAAGACCUUCGACCAGCUCAGCCCGGAGGAGAGCAAGGACCGGCUGGGAAAGAUUGUUGAUAGAAUAGACAAUGAUGGAGAUGGCUAUGUAACUACAGAGGAGCUGAAGAGCUGGAUCAAAAGAGUGCAGAAACGGUAUAUCUAUGAGAAUGUGGCUAAAGUCUGGAAAGAUUACGAUCAGAAUAAAGACGAUAAGAUUUCUUGGGAGGAAUACAAACAGGCGACGUAUGGUUACUAUCUAGGAAACCCAGAAGAGUUUCAAGAUGGAUCUGAUCAACACACAUUUAAGAAGAUGCUGCCCCGUGAUGAAAGGAGGUUUAACACGGCAGAUCUGGAUGGGGACAGCACAGCCACACGGGAGGAGUUCACCGCCUUUCUGCAUCCUGAAGAGUUUGAACACAUGAAGGACAUCGUGGUCUUAGAGACACUGGAAGAUAUCGACAAGAACGGUGAUGGAUUUGUGGAUCAAGAUGAGUACAUCGCUGAUAUGUUUGCUCAUGAGGAGAAUGGCCCAGAGCCAGAUUGGGUUGCAACUGAACGGGAGCAGUUUUCGGACUUCCGUGAUCUGAACAAGGAUGGCAAGAUGGACAAAGAAGAGAUUCGCCACUGGAUCCUCCCCCAGGAUUAUGAUCACGCCCAAGCGGAGGCCAGGCACUUAGUGUACGAGUCAGACCAGGACAAGGAUCAAAAACUAACUAAAGGCGAGAUCUUGGAGAACUGGAACAUGUUUGUUGGAAGUCAGGCGACCAAUUAUGGAGAAGACCUUACCAAAAAUCACGAUGAGCUAUGAUACUCACAUGUGCAAUGUGGCUGUCAGUUUUCCUGCUGACUAAUGUGGUUGCUAAAGUCUUCUUGGCUGAGUAACGUGGACCAGGAUGUUUCCAAUGAAGCAGUUUUAUUACCUCAUACUGGGAAGAAAUAGACUGCUGUGUGACAUUCCUCAGAAAAGUAAUCAUAGUUCAGAUUUCUGUUAAAAUACACUUUUGUGCUCAGUACUUUGGAUUUUCAAGUUCAACAGCUUUUUUUUGUAAGUUUUCCAUUUCUGUUUUAAUUCUUUUUAAUGACAGGGAAAUAAUACUAGAAAAAGCCCUACCGUUUGCCAACAUUAUUUGCCAAUAGAUGAGUGGGAGCAGGGAAGGUUAAAAUUAGCUCCCAAUGUUUAAAUAUUGAAAUAGAACCCAAGAGUUUAUUUUGUCAGUCUUAAAUAGUAUGCAAGGAAAGUCCUGGUUUUAUGUAUGCAUAAAGCUACUCUAGUGGGUUUUUGUAUUUUUUAAAAUAUAGGUCCAUUUCAAAGAAGGUGUGAUAUUUCACAAAUCUUUUUAACUCUAUAUCAUGAAGUGUAACUAAAUUUUAUAUACAACCUCUGUGCAUAUUCCUGUACUGACCUGUUAAUGUGCAUAAUAAACUAUGUUUUUGUUUUUUACAAUGUAAAGUGAUUCAGAUGUGAACAAGAAAGACAUUUCUGGUGAGGAAAGAGUGACCAUUCCAACCCUAAACUGAAGAAUGAUGUGCUGAGAGUGGUCCCUCAGAAAACUUUCUUUAACUCCCCAAGAUAAUUUUUCUGAAGCUUAAAAGGGGGGGGGACCACUAAAAUAGUGAAAGGAGAUAAAGCGAAGCUACCAUCACAUACAUGUGAGAAUGCUUAGUAUCUCCUUACCAACUCACAAUAAAGAAUCCUUUUAAACUCCAUCAGCAGCCUAGCUUAUGGAACAAGGACAAGGUAAUGGCCCAGUCUAAGUUAUUAUGCUAAUGCAUUAACAGCUGGAAACUCCUUUAACAAGUUGAUAUCCUAUUUCCUUCUAACUAGUAGGUGGAAAGAAUAAAAAACUUUUGGGAA